AUGGAGCUUCUACCGCCGUCACUGACGGAAACCUACAGCAACUAUAGCUUCUAUUUUCUACUGCACAAUAACGGAGUGUCGCUCAACUGCUCGGUCUACUCGCUCACCCAGGGAUACUUGGACUAUCAAGAUUACUUCACUCAGGAAUGGUUCAACAAUACAGAACGGUUCUUGCCCGCAUACUAUAUCACGAAUUGCCUGGUGCCGGAUGUUCUAGCGCAGAUUCGCGCACAGAACGUUUCGGACGAGGAAGUCACCCGAUGGAUGGACGAGUAUCGUAAUAAUCCCUACAACAUCACCGAUAACGGAGAUCUGUUCGUAGCGCUACUAUUCACAUUUCUGGGGCUGUGCGUGCUGUGCUGGAUGCUCAUGCUCUUGUACUUGCUCCUGCCGCCGCACAAGCGGAAGCCGUGGCCGACCCUCCUCUGUACGUUGGUGUACCUGAUUGUGCUCACCGUUAUCUUGGUGCAGAUCACCAGGGCAACAGAGGCCGAAUACUUCAAGGACCUGCUCAACACCGUGAAAAUAAUGUGUGUGUUGGGCCAAAACCACUACAUCUACGCGCUGAUCGUGGCUCACUUCCUUAUCUGCGUAGCCUACAUCCAGCUUCUGUGGAAAAUGACAAAAGCUUCCUGGCGCUGGCACAGUACUGUUUUUGCCCUGAUCCUUAUCUUGGUAGGACUCGUGACCUCGAUUUGCUCGGCUGCGGUGGCUCCCGCAACGCUCGGCUACAACAGAACCGUUGUGGAUGAUGCGUUGGCUGCAUCCAUCGCUAUGGGUAUCAUUUUCACCGCGUGGUUCAGCUACUGCCUUGCAUACCAUACAUUCCGUGCAAAACCCCGGCUGGUGGCAUAUACGCAUCGCCUUCUCCCGUUGGCGAUUUUCACCUGGUUAGUAAUCAUUGGUCGUCAGGCGCUUUGUAUUCUAUUGUUGACCUACUGGAAUGAGCAGUGGCUCGUAAACUCGUGGCUUUCGUACUUGCCUAACGUCAUUGAUAUCUACGUCCUCGCAGCGGGCUGGGAGUGGCUCUACCUGAUAGAACAAGUGGAGCAGAAACUAGAACUCUCGGGUAUGUUGGGCCGGCGAAUUAGCAUUGACGACGUCAUGAAUUUCAGCAAUGAAUGGACUAGAGGACUGGCCGGAAGAAAGUAUCCCCUGAUGAUGGCAUGGAUGACUGAUAAGGUUACCAAAUUCAAGAACAGGAGAAAAAACCAAAACGAGAAUCCCAGGGAACCGGACCACAACUCUUCCGAAAUUAAUGUAGAGCUUGGUGACUUGACGCCUUUAGCCUCCAAUGAUGAUUUGGUUGUCAAUAUGGACGAACAAUCUGUAUGUGAAAUUCAUCAUGAUGGGGGUCUAUGGAGCAGUGAUUCGGACCUGGACAUGCAAUCCGAUACUCAAAAUACUACCACCGAAGUCAGGGACGACUCUGAAUUGGUUCAGGGCACGAGUUCCGCCCACGAAAAUUCCGUGAGCAACACAGCUCCACCUCCUUUUGUUCCUCAUCCAGGUCUCCAUAUAGAUGACUACUGGGAUGAGAAACGCUAA